UGUCCGCAGCACCGCGCCCGGCGGGACCAUGAUGUCGUGUGCCGAGCUGCUGGCCGUGUGCCUGCUGUCCGCAGAUCGCGGCCCCAAGCCCCGCCGCCAGCCGCUGCCCAUUUUCCACGACAUUUUCCGGCGGGCCGACAAGAACGAUGAUGGGAAGCUGUCAUUUGAGGAGUUCAAGAACUAUUUCUCCGAUGGCAUCCUGAGCUCGGAGGAGCUGUGGGAGUUGUUCAGUGGCAUUGACAGGCGUCACUCAGACAACGUGGACACGGAGAAGUUGUGUGAUUAUUUCUCAGCAUACCUGGGGGAAUACAGGAACGUUCUCUCUGCCCUGGAAACGCUCAACGCUGCGGUGCUGGCGGCCAUGGACAAAACCAAGCUGAGGUACGAGACAGCCUCCAAGAUGGAGCAGUUCCUGACGCGGUUCCUGCUGCGGGAAACCAUGCACCAGCUGCAGUCCCUGCAGGCGUCCCUCGAGUGCGCCGUGGACACCGUGGAGGAGCAGGCGGGGCGGGAGAGAAAGGAGAUCAAGAACUCGCAGACUUCGGUUGGCCUGAGGUCAGGGAGGCGCUGUGGGCGCAGGGGACAGAAGAACGUCUGUCUGUCCCCAACAGACCCCUACUCUGGGAUGCUGACAACAGGUGUUUGUGUCGAGGACAACAGCCAGUGGAUGGCUCAGAUCAACAGGCUCCAGCAGCUCAUCGAGAAGCUGGAGUGCAAGAGCCCCCGCCUGGAGCCACUGAAGGAGGAAGCCAUGUGCAAGGGACAGGAUGCACACAUCCUGGUGGCCAAGAGGCAGAUCUCGGUGGCCACGAGCAGCAUCGAGCAGUUCCGGAGGGCGGUGCGCUCCUACACCGAAGGCACGGCCGGCCACAGCAGCUGCCUGCAUGUCUCUGCCUGCAAGCUGAGUGACGAGCCCUGCUUCAUCCUGUACGAGUUCUGGCAGGACGUGACCUCAUGGAGAAGCCAUUUGCAGUCCAGCUGCAGCAAGACCUUCCAGCAGUCCAUCCUCAGCCUGCUGGAGUCCCCAGAGCUGCUGACCACCAUGCUGUUCCCAGCCUCCUGGUGGAUCAUGAACAACAACUGACCCGGGCCAGCGUCUCCAGGACCCCAUCAGCAUGCGGGAGGACGUGGGCACAGCCUCUGUCACCUUUGUCACCUCCCUGUCCCUCCAUUCCCUCCUGUGGCCAGCGGGGGCUGCCUGCCCUCGGCCCUGCCGGUGUUUUGCUCCUUUGCUCUUUUCAUGUUAAUUUAUUUAUUUCUCCUGCUCCCAA